AUGGCGGCGAUACUGAGGGUGACGAAUUCAUUACCUCGGGUCCGAUCGGAAGCCACGUGUACGGGAAACGGUUCACCAGCUCCGCCGGAUCGGGACCCUUCGGCGGCCGCGUGGCUAGCGCCCUCACUCCCAAAGCGCUCUUGGGUCGUCCGAACUGAGUCGAACAUACGUAAAGCGAGCAUAAGAAGGCCGGAUCCACCUUGCGUUGUUUGUCGAGGAAGUGGUAGAGUUGAUUGUCAUGACUGCAAUGGAAAAGGUAGAACAAAUCACGUCCAAUCAACGAUACUUCCAAAAGGAGAGUGGCCAAAAUGGUGCAGAAAAUGUGGUGGAAGUGGGCUCGGGUGCUGUAACCGGUGUCUCGGGACAGGAGAGUAUAGGGACAUAAUUGGGUUCCAUUUUAUGAAAAAGGGUAUUGAUGAAGCCCAAAAUGAACGAAGAGAUUCACUUCGUGACCUGGCAGGUUCAUAUACAUUAACCGAUCUACUGCAAUACAAAGAUCAGCUGGACUCGGGUAGUGAAAGAUGA